AUGGCUUCUCAGGCAGACGAGUCGAAGCAGCCAGGCUGCGAGGACGGUCAGACAACAAUGGAAGCAACGCAAUCAAGCGCCGAUACUCAAGCGACGACAUCAGCUGGGUCUCACCUCGCGUCCAACGACACGCCAGCCAUCAAACUCGUCGACUCAGCAUCAACGAUCCCUACAACUCCCACGACGGAGCCACCGAGCAUCAACUUCGCAGCGUCGUCACCAGGCACUCCAAGCCAGAGCUACUCAAAUCUUUCGUAUGCUCCACGGCAGUCACCCUUGGUCCACGCCCGCCGGUUAGGCAGCGGCGCCUCAACUCCUAAGCAGACCGCCAGCGAUGCAUCGUCGGUUGCCGCCAAGGCAUUGCCCGCUGAGCCAGUGACGAGCUCUUUGAGCCCUUCAACCGACGAAACCUCGAGCGCACAUGCCGAAGCCGCAGCCAAGGCGCGGGCGGACCAUCGCCAAAUGAUGCAAGAGGUAGUGGCAAAGUGCACGGAUCUCGGUCUCAACGCUACGACGAGCCCUGGAUGGCCAUUGCUGGUCAAGCUUGCAGAGGCUUCAGAUGGCGAAUGGAAGGAGCUAGCUGAACUUGUCGGGGAAGGAGAUGCUACUCUAUUACUCCCACUGUCAAGCAAACCAUCUUCUGUAGCGUCAAAGGGGACUCUCGGACCGAAUAGCGACGAGCCACUCCCUGCUCCUUCACUUUCUUACGCUUAUGACCAUAUCCUCAUCGGACCUGGUCCUCGUGCAGCGCUUUCCAUCGGCGAGUAUAAUGCAGCAGGCGUGUCGUCGAAAGGCUUCGCCACACUCUCAGGGCUACGAGGGGUCAUCGAGGAAGAUCGCUCCUCGGAGCCCUCGCGCACUAAGCUGACGAUCAAGAGCUUCAUCUGCCGACGAGACCGCGGCUGGGUAUCAGAGCUCAAGAACAAGGGUGCCAGACGGCAAUUGUUCACCUCCCUCCCUCCCCUGCCCAAGCCUAGCUGCACCGACUAUCCCUUCCCCAACUACACCCUCACAAACGCACAAGACUUGACCCUACCCGCAGCUCCAUCACCGCCACCCUUGCCGCCUCGACCUCGUGCUGGCUCGUCGGCAUCGCUGGCCGCUCCCGGCUUGGGACUUGGCCCUUCUCAGACCUCGUCGCCCAGUCAUCGCCCAUCAACAUCCGGAUCCAGCUUUGCUACCCUUUUUGGAGGAAGCGGUCGAGAGAAGAAGCAGCGAGGCCCCGUCGCAGCCGCCCAGGCUGCCUUCCAGACUACAGCGAGCGACUCUGCCGAGGAUGUCGGCACUACCGGCUGGGACGAACCCGCUGCCACCGACACAGCUCCCCGCGGACCGCGUAAGAUUCAUAUCAUCCUGAUCGACCGGCCGCUGCGACGCUCACGUGCACUACGAGGCAUGGCCUAUUCAAUUCAAGCACGCCUCCGUGCUGCUCUGGAGCGCGAGGCGGCCGUCCCUCCCUCGAUCGGCGAAGAGAUAGGCAGCUUUGCCAGCGGAUUUUAUCCGGUCAUUGAGUCAGGCAGUGGCCAAGGAGGAAAGGCAGGACGCAAAAGCGGCGGUGGAGCCGCAGUCCCAACCGGUACGGCGCGUGACCUCCUUCCCGCCAUCCCCUACACCGCACAGCCGGACCAUCUGCAGAUGUCGUUCCAAUCCCUCUACUCUCAGACGCAGCAAGCACUGGAAGAGGCGCACCGCAAGGUCAACGGAUGGGACGAUGAUCGAAGUGUGGAGAAUACUGUUCGCGUCCAAAUGGAGAGCAUCGAGGCGCUGCUGACUGAGGAGGUGUACGACCGCAUCUUUUCCCCUCCUCACUCCACCGACCAGCAAAGCGACGAGAACCUUUCAUCGCGCAUCGCAGCCCUCAAUGUCCUCGGGCUAGAUUGGGAUGGAUUGGGCAUCCGCAUACCCGUCGGCGAAGCUGGUGAAGUUGUACGUCGCGGAUUGGACGCUAUCCUGGCAUCAUGCGAGGCAGAGUUGAACUUGCUGCAGACGCAGGAAUGCUUUGCGCCGAGACGCAAAUUGGACGUCCUGGUAAGCGUGCAUCGCAUCGUGGUGGAUGGUCUAGCCAAGCUGCCUGCUGUUGAGCUCAAAGAUGGCAAUGAGUCUGAGGCUGCCCUGGCAGCUACGACCUCGACAGCCCCUGAGGCUUCAGCUUCUGUCUCUGGCUGGGAUGAAUCUCCGUCCAACCCUCCGGCAGCACCAAGCGGCAAUACCACCUCCGCCGACUUGAUUCUCCCCCUGCUCAUCCGUCUCCUCAUCAAAGCGAACCCACCUUCACUCAACUCCCACCUCAACUUUGUCCAACGCUAUCGUUCCGAAUCUCUCCUCCGUGACGGUGGAGGGGAGACGGCCUAUUGCUUGAUCAACUUCCAAGCCGCUGUUCAAUUUGUUGAGAAUGCACGGCCGGCGGAGUUGGGGUUGGAGGACACGGUCAGAGGUGGGCUUGACCCUACUUCGAGCGCGAUGGGAUCAACGACGGCGACUACGGAUGCACAGGCGAGUGCAGACGCUCACGCUGACGCAGGCCGGCUGUCAGCGAUCGAGCUUCUAAAAAACGUCAACGCCGUCCAGCCUCCAACCGACCCGGCAUCCCCACAACGCCCGUCCCCUCAGCAGUCUAUUGCCUCGAACGCGGUGAUAGGCAACGUGGCUGGCCGAAUGAAGGGAUUGAGCGGGGUCGUCAACUCCUCCUUUUCUGUGCUGGGCAAAGUGAUUGGUUCAGGUGCUUCGGCGGGGAUGGAGGCUUGGGAUCGCAGCUCAAAAGGCGUAGAGGGUGGAAUGAGGACACUGGAUGAUAUUCGGGGAUUGCUGGGACGAGGUGCGGCGACCGGUGCGGCAGGGGGAGAGAAGUCGAGCUUGGCGGCCGCUGCGGCCCUGGGAAAGGGAGCAGGAGGCACAGAUUAUGGACAGGAGGCCACGGGGGACCAAAGUGGAUGGGAUGCGCCGUUCACGCCUGCGCCAGCUACGACCAGCACAACCACGGCAAGCGCAAGUGCUGCUCCUAAACCGAGUCUCAGCGAUCGUCUCGCAGGACUCAAUCGUCGCUUCGCCUCACCAGGUUCGGCAGAACAACCGCUCCCGCCAGGAGUGAUCUCGAAGGACGGUGCUCUGCCUAAGCGACCGCCUCUCAUGAGCAACGCGGGGGGAAGUGCGGGAACUACUGGGUCUACGUUGGGGUUGACCAGGGCGACCACAACAGCAGACACGGCACCUCAGCCCCUCCAACCCCCUCCCGCCAUGUUCAACGACACGGUCGCUCCUUCCACGGCGGAUCUUCCAGCCUCGCUUCGUUCUCCCUACCCACCCGUUCCCCGACCACCGACCUCUGCCCGGCCCCUGCACGUUGUACUCGCCUCAUCAGGGAGUGUGGCAUCAAUCAAGGUGCCGCUCCUCGCUGAGGCUCUCCUUGCCCUGGGCCACGUGAGGGUACAAAUUGUAGCCACGAAGCCCUCCCUACACUUCUACGAGGAGGAGGGGGUGCGCGCUCUCGGGCAUGAUGCCGACAAUGCCGACGAAGCUGCGUACACGGUCAAGGACCUGGCGGCAGAGAAUCUUGCUGCUUCUCGCCGAGGUAGCCUGGACUCCUCCGGCUCAAUUCAAGAUCCGGCAGCGAUUCCCGCGAAGCGUCCGCGCUGCCAUCUCUGGAAGGAUGAGGAUGAGUGGACGCAGUGGUCGACCGUAGGCGACCCGAUCCUCCACAUCGAGCUACGCCGAUGGGCAGACAUCGUCCUUGUGGCGCCAUGCAGCGCAAACACUUUGGCGAAGAUUGCUGGAGGAUUACCUCCUUCCUUCGCGCACUUUCCCCCACGACCCCCACGCUUCUCUUCCCAGCCAUGA